AGUAUAUCAUACCUCUCUUCAAUUCCCACCCCUCGAAAACGCCGUAGACUUUCAGGUGACACCGCCACGGCGCCACUGCCUUCUCUUUCCUGCUCGCCGUUGACGUUUACACGCGCAGAUACAUACAGUUAUUGAAAGAGGGGUGGGGUGGGGUGGGGUGGUGAGAUGGCGAUAUUGUAUGCGCUGGUGGCGAGGGGGACGACUGUGCUGGCGGAAUUCAGCGCCGUGACGGGGAACGCCGGUGCGGUUGCGCGGCGGAUAAUGGAGAAGCUCCCGGAGGAAGCGGAGUCGAGGCUCUGCUUCUCUCAGGACCGAUACAUCUUUCACAUCCUCAGAUCCAAUGGCCUCACCUUCCUCUGGAGGAUACCAUUCUCAUAUUUAGAGGAUGUCAAAAUGCGGUUCAUGAAGAAUUAUGGUAGGAUUGCUUCCCAUGCACCUGCUUAUGCCAUGAAUGAUGAAUUCUCAAGGGUUUUACAUCAGCAAAUGGAGUUCUAUUCAAGUAACCCCAGCGCAGAUACAUUUAGUCGUGUUAGAGGGGAAGUUGGUGAGCUACGUACCAUCAUGGUUGAUAAUAUUGAGAAAAUACUUGAGAGAGGUGACCGGAUUGAGCUUCUUGUUGACAAAACAUCAACCAUGCAAGACAGUGCAUUUCACUUCAGGAAACAGUCAAAGCGCCUCAGAAGAGCUCUUUGGAUGAAAAAUGCAAAGCUUAUGGCCGUGCUGACUUGCUUAAUUGUACUCCUCCUAUACUUGAUAAUCGCUGCAUUCUGCGGGGGCAUUACUCUAAAAUCCUGCAGAUCAUGAUUCGUUGAAAAAGAUUUGUGUUGGUGGCGCUUGCCUGUGAUCCGACUAUAUUUACCGUCGGGGAAUAUCAGUUGGUUUAGAUUGUGAUGGCAUGGGUGUGGAGAUGGUACAGGAUGUUGAAGAAUAAUCUUGUUCUUGAGUGUGGAUAAGAUCUGUGUUGUGGUUGAAGCUUCUUCUGAAACUUGUAAAUUCUGAAUUUGUACUUUGUAGCCUCUCUCAAGUGUUGAAGUUGGGCUUUUAUUUAUUUAUUUAUUUUAAAUAUUAGUACUUCUUGUAUCUAUAGGUGUGUACAUAUUGGUGAAUAAACAUGGCUUUCCCAGGAGUUAUAAACACAUCUGUCCCACAA